GAAACCUCUCUCCACUUCCAUUUUGCGUGUGUUUCUUGACAACACAUUCCAUUGUGCCAACUUGAGGAGUUUCCAAGUCUCUCCUAGAAAGGCUUUCUGGAGCUAUGGUAAACAACGGCACAGCUGACGGGAGCAAAGCGUCACGUUUGGAUGGAUUUGCCUAUAAAUUGCGGCGACAAGGCGAUCCGGAUCAUCAUCCAGCCAAGCCAGCCUUCUCUAGUCGAGCAAAGCAAAACGAGCCAAGCCGAGAAGGAAAUGGCCGCGUUUCACAAGCUCGCGAUUCUUGUUCUUCUUGCUUCUCUUGGCGCCACUGCCGAUGCGAGGAAAUGGAGUCCCAAGAAGCCACCGGCGGUUCCCCCGAUGGUCUUUGGCACCAUCUUCUGCGACCGAUGCAUGGACAAGACCUUCUCGUUCGCAACCAUCGCCAUUCCAAACGUGACCGCGAUCAUCCAGUGCGGUGACUUCCAGGCAUCCAACACCACCUCCGAGUUUGGCGUCUUCGCCAUCGCCAUCCCGGCGGAGGUGGCCAGCUCCCCGGCGAAGCUGGCGUCUUGCUCUGUCAAGGUGGCCAGCGAUUUCUCCAGAGUCGAGGGCGAUCUCGGCACUUGCAACACUCCCGUCAAGUUCCAGUUCCAGCCUUGGAGCCCGCCAUCGCCACCAUCGAUGCCCGCAUUUCAGUCGUCGCUCAAAAUUGCCCGUCCAUGGCCCUUCUACAGCGCUGGGCCUUUCUUCUUCCAGCCGCCGGAACCUCUUCCAUCCUGCAACGAGAAUCCUUUCCGCCAUCCAAAACCAGCAGUAGCCGAUGAUCAGGGCUCGAGCGCGGCUCCCCCUCCACACCCUGCUUUUCCAGGAUUUGGAAACUUCCCACCAUUCUUUCCUGGAGCCAUUCCUCCGACUGCCAACAAAGUCGCUCCUCCUCCACACCCUGCGUUCCCAGGAUUUGGAAGCUUUCCACCGUUCUUUCCUGGAGCGUUUCCUCCAGUAGAUCACUCGACUGCCAGCAAAGUAGCUCCUCCUCCACACUCUGCGUUUCCAGGACUUGGAUGGAACUUCCCACCAUUCGUUCCUGGAGCAUUUCCACCGGUAGAUCACUCGACUGCCUUCAAAAUGGCUCCUCCUCCACACCCGGGAUUUGGAUAUCCUCUGAAACCAGCACCACACGGCUCCAACAAGGCGGCUCCUCCUCCACACUCGACUCCAUUCCCAGGAUUUGCAAACUCUCCACCAUCCUUUCCUGGAGCAUUCCCUCCACAUCCAAGCUCCAGCAAACCAGGAAGCGCUCCGCCAACGCAUGGAUCUCACUCCACUCAAGCACCGCCACCUUUCCACGGAACCAAGAAGCAUCAUCACCCAUAAA